AUGGUGUCCAAGGUUACCGGAGGAGCUGUAGCGAAGCUGUGUAAAAUCCGUGUAGUCCGUAAAACCAUUGCCCGAAUCUUGACGGUGAUCAACCAGAACUACAAGCAGGAACUGCGCAAGUUUUACGCUGGUCACAAGUACAAGCCAAUUGAUCUGCGCAAGAAGCAGACUCGUGCUAUCAGAAGGCGUCUUACCAAGCACGAACAGAGUUUGAAGACGGCCAAGCAGCAGCACAAAGAGCGCGCUUUCCCGCUCAGGAAGUUCGCUGUUAAAGCCUAA